AGGUUAGUAUGCCUUCAGAAGGAAAGGUCGAUAGGUUGAUUGUUUCGUGUUCGUCAAUCGUUGUACAUUUUUUUUUUAUUUUCCCGCGUUUUAUUUUGCUUAUGUACUUAUUAUUUUUCAAAAAAGUGAAUAUCGUGUGUAUGUUAUGCGAGAUGUAUGUAAAUUAAUCAAAAGAUAAAUCAAAUACGAUAAUUAAGCGCAUCGGUGGCAAUAUGAACGACCAAAAUUGAGAUAAUUGCAUCGUGAAUCGAAUUUAACAGUAAUGUGAGCGAACGUUUUCAUAGCGGAACGAGUAGAACUUUCAACCGAAGCCUCGGAGGUGGGAGGAUCUACCUGGCUGAGAAGCACGGCGCACGAUUCCGUAAUAUUUAUUUUCUACUGGCAGCUAGUGAGUCACUACCUGGCCGACCACGGUGCGGCGAGCUGGUCGCCUUGCGUGUCUGUGUCUUUUUACAUGUGUUUCUUGCAAACAGUGAGUUUACGGUGACGCUUUGAACCAGUCAAGAUUGUCGAACAGAAAGGAAAUUCAAGGAUAAAAGCAAUUAUUGCUGAAAAGAUAAUCAUUUUCGUCCGAUUGAUAUAUAUUCUAGCACGGAAUACAAGAGAAUUUCAUCAAAUUCGGUGUAUCUUUCAAACACAAUAUUCGUAAUCAUUGACGUCACAUUUAUAUAAGGACAAUUCAAAACAAGUAUCAGCAUUUGUUAUGUUAUGAAGAUUUCAUGAGUAUCCAUAUCUAUGUACAAUCAACAGACGCCACUAUUGACUUUGAUAUGUCAGUGUAGCAUUGGAUUCUAUAAUGCAAGUUAAAUUGGAAAUUUUACUAGCAGUCAAGUGCGAUUCGUGCAUCGAUAGCAAUCACUUAUUUACGUGUUUGUAGUGAAUAGUGUGAUAAUUUAUAUAUGUAUGUACACUUGAAAACAAUCGUGAACAAAAUAGUAGAGGGACUACAUUUGGACAUUAUAUCCAUGUUGGUAAUUUUGAAGCAUGGUUACAUUGUUGACUUUCUAUCGGAGAAGAAGGAAUCGUUGCUGUCUUUAUGUUGCGUGUAACAAGGAAACGGAGCAGAACAACGGAAUUAGUUAGUCCCGUAACAAUUCUCCUAGUUUUUUAUAUUUUAAAGAUGUUAGUUUGACACUCGAUCGAUAACAAUUAUUAAAUCGAUCAAUAUUAACCUCCAAUUUUGUCGCAACAUAUUUCGCGCUGUCUUUGAAUAUUUCUAAGUGAAUUGAUUUUGUGUGCGUGCAUGCGUCGAAUCGUGUAUUGGAUACAAUUUAUGAAAGUAACAUAUUCAAUAAAGGAUUGUAUUGCUGAGUGUGAUCACAGCUGAUCACACUGAUCGUUUCCGGUUAUGAGAUUUCACCGAUUGACAAGAAAACCUGUUUGGAUAAUGCGCAUGAGUUGGGACGAGAGAAAAAGUGAUUUUUUUACAUAGCCCUUAUUAUCAUACAUGAUGUGCAAUUUAUAUAAAAGUGAACGUUACGAAUUAUGCAUGAGUGAUCAAUUCUUUUAUUCUUCUAAUUGCAUUUUCGAAACAAAUUUUAAAUCAAUGUGCGUAAUAAUCAAGCGAUGUAUAAUCGAAUAUCUUUGCUUCAAUCGAUAAGCGUUAUCUUUAAUCAUAUAAAAAAAAAAAGAGUUAAAGAUUUUACUUAAACAAUUUAUAUCAUUUGUUGAGAACUUGAUACGCGUUUAACCUUGAAUAUCAUAUGCUUCUAUUCUCGAUUUAUUUCGAUAAAAAGAACAUAUUUUGAUGAUGCCAAGCUUCAAAUGAAAUCUUAGAUUAUGUAUUUAUUUAUUAACAUCGAUCAAUCUCAACUGGAAUAUCGAUUUGUACGCGGUGUUCAAUUUAUGUUACAAGUUUUUUCGAGCUAUCCAUAUUAAUUCGAAUGUUACGUAUUCACAUUCGAACUUUACAAAUGAUUUUGACGUGUGGAUAUUUAGUCAUCUGGUUUCACAUGGGUCAUUAUUACGAACAAUAAUAAAAGUCACGCGUCAACGUGACACGUGACACUAGAACGAUAAUUGGCAAACGUGAAACAAUUCGUGAGCACGAUGUUACCAAAAAAGGAUGGUCAUCCCGAGUCGUAUGCUUUAGAGGAUAUGAUAUCCGAUCUCCAGGCGCGACGAAAUUCCCUAGAUCAAGAAGAUCUCGAAGAUCCAGCGGAACUUUUAAAAAAACGUGACAGAGAUCUUGUUUUAGCUGCUGAAUUGGGUAAAGCACUUUUGGAAAGAAAUCAAGAAUUAACUAGACAGAGUGAGAUCCUUACUGAAGAGUACUCGACAAAAUUAGAGAGUCUGGAACAAGAGAGGCAUCUACUCCGUCGAAGGCUCGAGGAGGUGAUAAGCGAAAACGAGGCGAGAAAUUUAGAGCUGCAGGCGGAUGUGGAGACGCUGAGGAGUCAAUUGGAGGAGCAGAAUGAGCGCGCGAGGCGAGCGGAACGAGAUCAGGCGAGCCUGGUCGCCGAGCUCACAGCGCAAAAUACGAGGCUUGCCGAUCAGCUGAGAGAAGCCGCGAAGCAGGAAGAGCAGCUGCUCAUCGAGGUCAAGGUGCUGAGGGAAAAGUGUGCCCUCCGAAGUACCACGCUCCAGGAUCACGUCAGUAGCUUGGAGGUUCUCAGGGACGAGGUACAGCUAGUGUCCGCGCAAAGAGCAGAAUUGGAGAGGAGGUCCUUGGAGCUGCGGGAGGAGAGGGCGAGAGCGAUGGCGGCCCUCGAAGAAGCCGAGGAUAGAGCCACGGCCUUGGAGCGGCUCGGUCACGAAGCGGAACACCGGGCGAAGCUAGCCGAAAGGGAAAGGGACGAACUGGCGGCGACAUUGGCGGUCAUCGAGGCGGAAAGGAGAGGCAGAUCCGGCUCGAUACAGAAACCACCGAGGUCCCUGCAGGCCGAGAUGGAGUGCGAGGAGAGCGGAAGUUCGUUGGGGGAACAGGAGGAUUUGCGUGCGGAGGUGGCGAGGGCGGUGAAGCGGUUGAAGGAGUUGUGCGUCCAUCUGAGGCGGGGAGAGGACGACUCGGGUUUGCAGAGCGAUUGCGACGAGUCCAUGCUCGUGAUCGUGAACAACAACACUGCGGAAGCGGAGGAGGCGAACACCCACGGGCAAGAGACUCUCCCCAGCUCGACCAAUUGUCCCGGUGCUUUGUUGGACCUGGUCGAGGAGGUAUACAACUUGGCUCUAUCUGGCAGAGGGGCACCCGGCGAGCUAGGUUUGGCCGUGGAACUUCACAGGGUGCGGGAAGAAUUGGAAAACGUGAAGGAUCAACACAAGCAGACGCAAGAGGAACUUAAGAGGCGCGGAGAGGCUUUGCUCGAUGUGACGAGCAAAUUGAGCGUGAGCGAGGCCGAGUUGCGCGGUGUUAAAGAGGAACGUGAUAGAGCUCGUGACGAUAUGGAGCACUCGCAGUUGACCAAGGACGAGAUUUUGACGCAGGCUUACAAGGUCAGGGAUCAAGCUGUGGCCAGGAAGAACAGGGCCGAGGUGGAGUUGGCGAAAACGAGGAUAGACGUGCUGCAGGCUAACAGCCAACUGAUGGAAGCUAUCCAACAAAAGAUCGAACUGAGUCAACAGUUGGAACAAUGGCAGAUGGACAUGCAAUCUCUUCUCGACGAACACGUUCGAAGCAAAUUGAUGCCUGUCACGAGCUCUCUCGCCGCUACGAACUCUGAAAAUUCAGAAAUUGUGGCACCAGCUAGGAAAAAACGGAGUACCGGCUCGUCGAAAAAGAUGUUCGGCCUCUUUUGACGAAAAUGACUAUUCGCGUAAAAAUUUGUCGCGCGAAAUGGAAAUAAAGAACGGCGAGAGAAGAAGACUGCGCUCGAAAAGGGAUCUUUUCCAAUACUUUUCAUCGUAGCGCUAGUAGCGUAUCAGGGACCAUUCGUCCGCUCAUUUCUUCGUCGUGUUUGGAAACCGAUAGAUUGGAUCCGUAGUCGAGCGGCAACGCGCCAUAGAAGGCGCUUUGCGUGCAUCGUUUUUCACGACGAUUUGUAUCUACCGACAAGUUUAUGAGAAAACUCGUCUCUUACUUGGCAACAUCGCGAGAUCGUGUUUCGAUCUCGAGACUUUUAUCUUCCUUAGCGUAGAUUUUCUCGCAUUAUGUUUUUUCCUAAUCGUAUCUGACAGAUAUAUAUUUGAUAGAUAUAUCGCUUUAUUUUUUUUUUUUUUUGUUUUGUUUAAAUCUCGAAAAGUAUGUCACGGUAUGUGUUCGAAACAACGAAAGAAAGUUUCUUCUUAUUAGAUUGUUCAUGCGAUGUAGAAAAGAAGAAAAGCGCCAAUCGGCAAACUUAAACGAUUACUUAAUAAUACCUUAUAGCGAACGUUUCUUUUCCCUUUGGGUGAACGUCUCGUCAUUCCCGUAAUCGUGGAACGACUUGUUACCACGGUAAGAACGAUCUCUAGUGGCGUCUUCUCGUAAAGAUCUCCGGAUUCGCGGGUACAAACUUAUCAUUAUUCCGAGCGAUACGUUUAAGCGAAACUAGUAGUCGGCAUUCUCGUUCCCGUUUCUUUUUAUCGGGCGAGAUGCAAUGGCCUAAAGGGAGUCUAUCCUUUUUAAUUCGUGGCUGUAAAUAUACUAAAACGUUUGUGAUAGAAUCGUGUGUCUUACGUUAGGUUUUACGAGAAUUAAAUUUCUUUUAUCGUUGAUUGUGAUAUGGAUAUAUAUAUAUAUAUAUAUAUAUAUAGUAUAUAUAUGUACAUUUUAUCAUUGUUACGAUAAAUUUUAUAUAAGAUGGCACUAUCGUUAUUACAUUGGCGAUAAUAUAAUUGAUUAAAAAGAGUAAAGAAAACGAAAUUGAAUUUUGGAAAUUUGGAAAAGGAAUUUUAAGCUUAUAUUUAUAUUUCGAGUUUUAUUUUUUCUUAUUUAAUUCGCUUUAAACCAUUCAUUACCGUUCAUUACCGUCCGUCCGUCCGUCCAAAUGGACCAGGAAAUUCCAAUUAAUACGAUUCGAAAAUUGUAAGAAGAUAAGACGUUGUUCAAUUAGUGAUGGAACUCGAUCAACGACAGUGCAAUAACAUGCUAGAAAAUUUUUUCACCCACGUUUACGUCGGUCAACCGCAACGAUGUUCCUCGACAUUCUUUCUCUUCAUAACCAGUCUGAACGCUUAGCUUUAAUUAACGAUCGGUGUUAAGUAACAACGAAGCGGUUGCUCGCGGAUCACUUAACGCGCUUGCGCAGCAUCUGUGCUCGCAAUUCGCGCGCGCAAGUAGCCUUCUUUGUAAAUUAGUAAUCGACGAUUUGUAUUCGUCGAGAUUGUAUGAUAGUUGUAUGAUUCCAUUUGAACGAUUAUGACAACAUAUUUAUUUAAUAAAAAUCUGUUUUACGGA